GGAGGUUUUGCGGCGGUCACCUUCUUCACGUGAGCCAGGCGGCGGCUGGAGAAGUCAAGCUCGCACUUCCACAGGGUCUUCAGAGCAGCCAUGGUCGAAAUUCCCAAGGGCGACCCAGAGAAGGGCAAGAAGAUCUUCGUGCAGCGCUGCGCCCAGUGCCACACGGUGGAAGCCGGAGGCAAGCACAAGACUGGUCCCAAUCUACAUGGGCUCAUCGGACGCAAGACGGGACAGGCGGCAGGCUUCAGCUACACAGACGCCAACAAGAGCAAAGGCAUCACCUGGAACCGGGACACAUUGUUCAUCUACCUGGAAGACCCCAAGAAGUACAUUCCGGGCACAAAGAUGGUGUUUGCGGGCCUGAAAAAGACGCAGGACCGGGGAGACCUGAUUGCCUACCUGGAGCAGUCCACCAAGUAGAUCUGUCGCACUGCCAAGGCCACAGGAGGGUGACCCGGCACCUCCCCAUCAAGUAAAUUAUCGCCGUCACACCACUAUCAGGAGCCGGGUCGCCAAGUCUUAGAGGCGCCGCUUGUUCCCUCGGGAAAUAAAAGAUGUCUACCACUGUUAA